GGAGUAGGAGGAGGAGGAUCAGGAGGAGGAAAGUUUCCCCCUCUUUCUCGCUGCGCUGCUCGCGAGCCCAUCUCUACCUCUCUCGCUUCUGCUCCCAGCUGCUCCACGAUGGAGAGACUGGGAAUGCUGGCCGCGUGUCUGCUGUGCUGGAGCUGUGGCGUGUGCCUGGUCUCCGCCAUCCGGCGGACAGACAUGUACCCGUACGGCCCCCACAGCGGCGACCUGGUGCUGGCGGAGGGGGACGAUGAAACCUCCAGAGUGCUGCCCCUGUCCCGGCCGCUGAACUUCUACAACGCCCGCUUCUCCCAGCUCUACGUUGCCACCAACGGCAUCAUCUCCGCCCAAGACCUGCCGAUGGAGAAGCAGUACGUAGACGACGGCUUCCCCACCGAUUUCCCCGCGGUGGCCCCGUUCCUGGCCGACAUUGACACCACUGGGGGGCGGGGACAAAUCUACUACCGGGUGACGGAAACGCCCGCCGUCCUGAACCGAGUGGCCCAGGAAGUGCAUCAAGGUUUCCCGGAUGCCAAAUUCACACCCACGCACGCCGUGGUCGCCACCUGGGAGAACGUCGCGGCGUACGAGGAGCAAACCCGAACCACUGGACCAUCAAGCAAGGUCAACACGUUCCAGGCAGUAAUUGGUUACGAUGAGACUGAUUCCUACGUUAUCUUCCUCUACCCUGAAGGUGGCCUUAACUUCUUUGGGACACGUCCUAAGGAGUCUUACAAUGUUGAGAUAGAGCUUCCUGCUAGAGUUGGCUUUAGCAGAGGAGAAGUCCCAUAUCUGAUAUUCUCCCGAACCGAGGGACCUCACUACAGCGUUACCAGCAAUGAGCAGACUGUUAAAAACCUCUACCAGGUUGGCAACACAGGGAUUCCAGGUGUUUGGCUUUUCCACACCGGAAACAGUUACUCCUUCGACAACAUUGUUCCUGCUUCCUUUAGUGGCCUCCUGGAUACCCCACCAGCUGGAGGCCACUCUCUGGACACCACCACAGCCGAUUAUGAGAUUAAUGAGGACUACUCAGACACCUUAGACCAUGAUAACCCGGAGGAAGAAGACGAUUACCCUUUGACCGGCGGGGACCCUGAAUUCCAGACGGCCCCUCCUGGAGACCACUCAGAGUCAGCGAGUCCUGAUGCUCGCUCAUCCCCUUCGGAGGAUCCCAGCCGUCAGGCGGCGUACGGCAUCAAAAAUGUGCCAUUGACCUCUGAAUCCAAGUACAACUCAGAGCCAUUAGGGAGGCAGUAUGCUCCACCUAAUUCUCCAGAAAGGGCAGAAGCGGGAGGUGCUCAACAGACUCUGGAACAGCAACCACAGGUUCCUCUGGAGGUAGUAGAUGUUCCCCCCCCUCAAAGGAACGAACGGCGUUUCUCCCCCGGGGGUCACGUGGUCAGCGUGGACGAGGACGAUGUGGAUUUUGACACAGGAGUGAUUCAGUACACUACGGAGAAGAAGGAAACGUGUGCCAGUUCCAGAUUCCAACAGCAGUGCUCACAAAAUGCAUUUUGCUCCGACUACGCCACAGGGUUCUGUUGCCACUGCCGGACUGGCUUCUAUGGCAACGGGCGCCACUGUCUACCCGAGGGUGCUCCACAGCGAGUGAGCGGUAAGGUGAGCGGAACAGUGACCGUGGGGUCGACUCCGGUGGAGUUGAACAACAUCGAUCUCCACGCCUACAUCGUGGUGGGCGACGGCAGAGCUUACACUGCCAUCAGCGAGGUACCCGAGCCAGUGGGCUGGGCUUUGAUGCCACUCGCGCCAAUAGGAGAGCUGUUUGGAUGGCUCUUUGCUCUUGAGCUGCCCAAUAGCCAAGCAGGAUUCAAAAUCACAGGUGCUGUGUUCACUCGUCACGCGGAGGCAAUCUUCUACCCCGGCAACCAGCGCCUGUCAAUCGUCCAGACGGGCCGCGGCCUUGACGACCACAACCACCUCAACGUGGAUACUAUAGUCAGUGGUAGCUUGCCAUUCCUGCCCCCUGGGUCUGAAGUUACCAUGGAUCCUUUCAAGGAGAUCUACCAGUACUACCCAUCCGUUGCCACCUCUUACUCUGUGAGGGAGUUCUCGGUGAUGUCGGCUGAGCGGGGCUCCGAGUCCUUCUCUUUCCAGCUGAAGCAGAACAUCACCUAUGGCGACUGUCGGCACGACAACGGCGCCGGCGUCCCAGAGACGCUGCAGAUCACCAUGGAGAGAGUGUUUGUGAUGUACGUCAAAGAAGAGCGGAUCCUGAGAUACGCCAUCACCAACAAGAUCAGCCCAGUCGGAGUGGAGCCGACAGAGCCGGAGUUGGUCAACCCCUGCUACGCUGGGAACCACGACUGCGACACCACGGCCCAGUGCCUCCCGCAGCAGGGCCAGGACUUUCUGUGCCAGUGCGCCACAGGCUACAGAGGGGAUGGACGCAAUUGUUACGACGUAGACGAGUGUGCUGAGGGCUCAAGCUCAUGCGGCGCUCAUGCUCAGUGCGUAAAUCUGCCCGGCAGCCACAGCUGCCAGUGCCAGGGGGGCUUUGAGUUUGGCUUCGACCGGCGUACCUGCGUUGACAUAGAUGAGUGCAGCUCCUCACCUUGUCACAUCAGUGCCAGAUGUAUCAAUGCGCUGGGUUCCUUCCAGUGUCAGUGCCAGCCUGGCUUCUACGGUGAUGGUUUCCACUGUUCCCAGCACGAAGUUCAUCCAAAAAGUCAGUGUGAACAGCACAGAGACAGCCUGCAGGGUGGAAGGGAACAAGACAGUCGACCAAGUCUCGGAGCCUUUGUCCCUCAGUGCGACUCUGACGGACGAUACCGACCGCUGCAGUGCCAUGGCUCCACCGGACAUUGCUGGUGUGUGGACGUGAGGGGGCAGGAGAGAGCGGAAACUAGAACUCCACCCGGUACACCACCCAAAGACUGCAACAGACCAGAUGAGCCAGAGCAUCCAAAAACUCACUGUGAGCACCACAGAGACCGUGUGCAGACCACCAGUCCAGAGGGGUACCCUAUUGUUGGAGCCUACGUGCCUCAGUGUGAUGACAACGGACAGUACACACCCUCACAGUGUCACAGCUCCACUGGGCAUUGUUGGUGUGUGGACGCUAACGGACAGGAGAGAGCUGGAACCAGAACACCAGCUGGUACGACACGGACAGACUGCAGCAAACCAGAUGAGCCAGAGCAUCCAAAAACUCACUGUGAGCACCACAGAGACCGUGUGCAGACCACCAGUCCAGAGGGGUACCCUAUUGUUGGAGCCUACGUGCCUCAGUGUGAUGACAACGGCCAGUACACACCCUCACAGUGUCACAGCUCCACUGGCCAUUGUUGGUGUGUGGACGGUAACGGACAGGAGAGAGCGGGAACCAGAACACCAGCUGGUACGACGCCGACAGACUGCAGCAAACCAGAUGAGCCGCAGCGACCUAAAACUCACUGUGAGCACCACAGAGACCGUGUGCAGACCACCAGUCCAGAGGGGUACCCGAUAGUAGGAGCCUAUGUGCCUCAGUGUGAUGACAACGGACAGUACACACCUUCGCAGUGUCACAGCUCCACUGGGCAUUGUUGGUGUGUUGACGGUAACGGACAGGAGAGAGCGGGAACCAGAACACCAGCUGGUACGACGCCGACAGACUGCAGCAAACCAGAAGAGCCAGAGCAUCCAAAAACUCACUGUGAGCACCACAGAGACCGUGUGCAGACCACCAGUCCAGAGGGGUACCCUAUUGUUGGAGCCUACGUGCCUCAGUGUGAUGACAACGGACAGUACACACCCUCACAGUGUCACAGCUCCACUGGGCAUUGUUGGUGUGUGGAUGGUAACGGACAGGAGAGAGCGGGAACCAGAACACCAGCUGGUACGACGCGGACAGACUGCAGCAAACCAGAUGAAUCCGAGCGUCCUAAAACCUCCUGUGAGCACCACAGAGACAGAGUGCAGACCACUGACAGGGAGGGUUACCCUAUAGCUGGAGCCUACGUGCCUCAAUGUGAUGCCAUCGGACAGUACAGAUCGUUACAAUGUCACGGCUCUACUGGACAUUGCUGGUGUGUGGACGUCAGGGGGCAAGAGAAAGCGGGAACCAGGACUCCACCCGGUACACCACCCAAAGACUGCGACAGACCAGAUGUGAUGCUGUCCUCCUUAGAUGAGCCGGAGCGUCCAAAAACUCACUGUGAGCACCACAGAGACCAAGCACAGACCACCAGUCCAGAAGGGUACCCUAUUGUUGGAGCCUAUGUGGCUCAGUGUGAUGCACACACAGGACAGUACACACCACUGCAGUGUCACGGCUCCACUGGACAUUGCUGGUGUGUGGACGGCAGGGGACAGGAGCGGGCGGGAACCAGGACUCCACCUGGAGCACCACCAACAGACUGUGACAAACCAGACGAGCCGGAGCGUCCUAAAACUCACUGUGAGCACCACAGAGACCGUGUGGAGACCACCAGUCCAGAGGGGUACCCUAUUGUUGGAGCCUACGUGCCUCAGUGUGAUGACAACGGACAGUACACAUCGUUGCAGUGCCACGGCUCCACCGGACACUGCUGGUGUGUGGACAGCACGGGUCAGGAGAGGGCGGGAACGAGGACUCCACCCGGUUCGCCACCCAAAGACUGCGACAAACCAGAUGAGCCAGAGCGUCCUAAAACUCACUGUGAGCACCACAGAGACAGUGUGGAGACCACCAGUCCAGAGGGGUACCCUAUUGUUGGAGCCUACGUGCCUCAGUGUGAUGACAACGGACAGUACACACCUCGACAGUGCCACAGCUCCACUGGACAUUGUUGGUGCGUGGACGGUAGGGGACAGGAGAGAGCGGGAACCAGGACUCCACCUCGUAGACCAUCUGUGGACUGCGACAGACCAGUGCCCGUGGCUCCGACCGAGCAUCCUGAGAGUGUGUGUGAGCGAUGGAGGGCCAGUUUGAUUGAGCACUACGGCGGCAAACCGCAGCCAGAACAAUACGUGCCUCAGUGCGAGCAGGAUGGACAGUUCAGUCCGGUCCAGUGCUACGGAGAGACCACCUAUUGCUGGUGCGUGGACCAGGACGGACGGGAGGUCCCCGGGACCCGGUCCUAUGACGUCGUCAAGCCUGCGUGCCUCCCCUCAGUGGCCCCGCCCACUGUGCGCCCGUUGCCUCGCCCGGACGUGACCCCGCCGCCGAACACUGACAUCACACUGUUGUACGCUCAGGGACAGAAGAUCGGAGCGUUGCCCCUCAACGGGACCAGACUCGAUGCAUCCCGCUCUAAAACACUACUGACCCUACACGGCUCCAUCGUUGUUGGUAUAGCCCACGACUGCAAGGAGAACCAUGUCUAUUGGACCGACUUGUCCGCCAGAACCAUCAACAGGGCUUCAAUGGCGGCUGGUGCCGAGCCAGAAAUACUCAUCAACACAAAUCUGGUUAGUCCAGAGGGUCUGGCGGUAGAUGCCAAACGCAGGUUGAUGUUCUGGGUCGACUCUAAUCCGGACAUGAUCGAAAGUGCCAACCUGGACGGAAGCGGGAGGAGGACGCUAUUCACCACCGACCUGGUCAAUCCCAGAGCCAUCAUAGUGGUCUCUUCCACUGGCACUCUGUACUGGACGGACUGGAACCGAGAGGCUCCAAAGAUUGAGAGCGCGUCGGUGGACGGACAGAACCGCAGAGUGGUGGUGUCCGAUGGCGUCGGCCUGCCCAACGCCCUCACGUACGACUCUUCUUCUGGACAGGUGUGCUGGGCCGACGCAGGCACGAAGCGUUUAGAGUGCGUGUCCCCAGAUGGCUCGGGCCGAAGAGUGGUCCACCCCAGCCUUAACUACCCGUUCAGCAUGGUCUACUACAGGAACCACUUCUAUUACACUGACUGGAGGAGGGACGGAGUGAUCGCCGUGAGCAAAGAAAGCAGCCAGAUCACCGACGAGUACCUUCCCGACCAGCGCUCUCACCUGUACGGCAUUGCCAUAGCAACCACCCACUGUCUAUCAGGGAGCCACUGACGACAGGGCGGCCGCUGCAGAUUCCUUUGGUGCUAAAGUUCUGGGGCAACCACCAUAAAAAAUAUUAGAAGUGCCUUCUCCAGUGUCCCUCAGAAAUAAAAGAAAAAGGACACUCAGCGGGGUGCACGAUGGCUUCCUGUUGGCAGAUCCAGCUACAGAGCAGAUUUACAACCCCCCCACACCCGACCUCAAUUAUCUUACCUUAAAGACAUAACUCCCCAAAUAAAUGUUUUGUAAAUUUGUUUUAUACCUCAUUUGUUGCUUUGUUUUUUUUCUACAGUAUUUUUGUACGCAACUGUUUUUUCUAUCAAUUUAAAGCUAAAGAACAAUUUUGCAACCUGUGAGUGUAGGUUUCCUGCCAAAGAAGAAUGAUCUGAAGAUUUGUCCAUAGGUCCGUGGAGAAACAACUCAUCUUUGUUUUGCAUUCAGAGUGGAUGCAAAGAAAUAUAAAUACACAGGUAAAAAAGUUAGUUCAAGUGUUUGGAGAAGCGUGUAAUUGGAUUUCUUAGUGGUAUCCUAUCAUUCAAUUUUUGGCAAUAGGAGUUUUUAAAUUCCAUAAAAUUGUUUUUUUUACCGCUGUUAAACUCAUAUAAUCUGAUUCAGUCAGAUUGUGCCAGAUCUCUGUAUUUCAAACAAACAUGCCAAAUAUUUUUUGCUACUACUUUUCAAAUCUUUAUCUUUUUAUAAGAUGUGAUAUUUAUAACAAUAAAAUGUGAUUUGGUACUCGA